AUGGAGUCCACUACACACGAUGCUUCCUGCAAAUGGAUGCUUCGUGCCGCAUACUUUGGCCAGGAACUGCUCUCUACCUUUGGCACGAGCAUAGGAGAAAUCGCUCUGAUACCAGCCACCGGAGGACUCUUCACUGUGCACCUGACAUACAACACUACCACUGAAGGACCUGUUGAGACACGAGAAGUACUGCUCUGGGACCGCAAGGCUGAAGGAGGCUUCCCAGAGACUAAGAUCCUGAAGAGGUUGGUCCGCGACCACAUCCAGCCAGAGAAGGAUCUGGGUCACUCUGACAGGCCCUCCUCGAAAGUUGCGAAAGCCACGGAGUCAAGUGCACCAACAAGCAGUCCGGCUCCUGGAGCCAAUGACGCCUUGGUGGCGACUGCCUCCGCUGCCGAGAGUUCUAGUGCGAUUAUGGGUGACAACAAUUCAGAACCGACGAAAGCCGACGCAAAAGAAUGCGAGGACUGCACAUAA